UGUCGGUGGAAGAUGGCGGCCAGGCGCGCCACUGUGCCCGGCACCUCCGCUCUGCCCCCGGCCGGCAGGAGAGCAGUGGGCGGCCUGGCUGACACGGAUUGGUUUCUUUUCUCCCGGCAGGACUGUGACAAGAUGUCCGGCAUGAGGGACCCUCCACCCGGGACAACUUCAGGGACUGCUGCGGGAGACGAGUCCUCUGACAGCGAGGGCGAACAUGAAGGACCCCAGAAACUCAUCCGCAAAGUGUCCACCUCCGGCCAGAUCCGCAGCAAGACAAGUAUCAAAGAAGGAUUAUUACUGAAGCAAACCAGUUCAUUUCAGAGAUGGAAAAAACGCUAUUUUAAGCUCCGGGGCAGAACCCUUUACUAUGCCAAGGAUUCAAAGUCUCUUAUAUUUGACGAGGUUGACCUGUCGGACGCCAGUGUAGCAGAAUCAAGUACAAAGAAUGUCAACAACAGCUUCACGAUAAUCACUCCUUUUAGAAGACUCAUAUUGUGUGCAGAGAACAGGAAAGAAAUGGAGGAUUGGAUCAGCUCCUUGAAGUCGGUGCAAUCCAGAGAGCAUUACGAGACCGCACAGUUUAAUGUGGAACAUUUCUCAGGAAUGCAUAACUGGUACGCCUGCUCCCACGCCCGCCCUACCUUCUGUAAUGUGUGCCGGGAAAGCCUCUCGGGGGUCACCUCUCAUGGGCUGUCUUGUGAAGUGUGUAAAUUUAAGGCUCAUAAGAGAUGUGCUGUAAGAGCUACAAACAACUGCAAGUGGACAACGCUAGCUUCCAUUGGCAAAGAUAUCAUUGAGGAUGAGGAUGGUAUAGCAAUGCCUCAUCAGUGGCUAGAAGGAAACUUGCCUGUCAGUGCCAAAUGUGCAGUUUGUGAUAAGACGUGUGGCAGUGUGUUACGCCUGCAGGAUUGGCGGUGCCUUUGGUGUAAAGCAAUGGUACACACUGGAUGCAAGGACCAAUAUCCUCGAAAAUGUCCCCUUGGCCAAUGCAAAGUAUCUAUAAUACCUCCCACAGCACUCAACAGUAUAGACUCUGAUGGGUUCUGGAAAGCGACCUGCCCUCCCUCUUGUGCCAGUCCUCUACUUGUCUUUGUGAAUUCAAAAAGCGGAGACAAUCAGGGUGUGAAAUUCCUCCGAAGAUUCAAGCAGUUGCUGAACCCCGCUCAGGUGUUUGACUUGAUGAAUGGAGGACCUCAUUUAGGUUUACGAUUAUUUCAGAAGUUUGAUAACUUCCGAAUACUUGUGUGUGGAGGCGAUGGAAGCGUUGGCUGGGUUUUGUCUGAGAUAGAUAAGCUGAGCUUGCACAAGCAGUGUCAACUAGGAGUCCUUCCCCUGGGUACUGGAAACGACCUGGCGCGGGUGCUUGGUUGGGGUGCUACCUGUGAUGAUGACACACAGUUGCCUCAGAUAUUGGAGAAGCUAGAACGUGCCAGCACUAAAAUGUUGGACAGAUGGAGUAUAAUGUCGUAUGAGUUGAAGUUACCGCCAAAAGCCUCAAUACUUCCCAUAUCUCCAGAAGAGGAGUCUGAAGAGUGCCAAAUAUCUGCAUAUGAAGACUCGGUGGCCACUCAUUUGGCGAAAAUUCUCAAUUCAGACAAGCAUUCCAUAGUAAUAUCUUCUGCAAAGGUUUUGUGUGAGACUGUAAAAGACUUUGUGGCAAAAGUUGGUAAGACAUAUGAGAAACCACUGGAGAAUUCAGAGGAAGCAGAAGUGAUGGCAAUGAAGUGUUCUACCUUGAAUGAAAAGCUUGAUCUGCUACUUCAGACCCUGCAUGCAGAAGCUCAGGCGGUGCCGCUGUUGGCACAUUUAACACCACCUAUUGUAGAAGAAGAGGUAGAAGAUGAAUUCUCCAGUGAAGACUCCCUCUCGGAGAGCAAGGAGCAGUUGACGGACAGCAUUGCAAAGUCUUCCACCCCAAAGCUCUUCAAACCUCGGGAGCAGCUCAUGCUGCGAGCCAACAGCUUGAAAAAAGCAGUCAGGCAGAUCAUAGAACAAGCGGAGAAGGUGGUGGAUGAGCAAAAUGCCCACACUGAAGAACAAGAGAACCAGGCUGCCGAGGAGUACAGGAAAGAGUUAGAGGAGUCAAGAGAAGAGGAAAAGGAUGAAGACACCAAGGAACUGGACCCUUUGUCGGUAAAAGCUGCUCCACGUUCUCCAGACAGACGCACAAGCCGUAGUGCUCACUCCCAGAGCGGCUCCUUCUCCAGCCCCCCAUUGGCAUCUAGUAAGGAGAAUCUCCCUGUGUUAAACACUAGAAUUAUCUGCCCAGGUUUGAGAGCAGGAUUGGCGGCUUCCAUUGCGGGCAGCUCAAUAAUUAACAAAAUGUUACUGGCAAAUAUGGACGCAAUUGGUGCUUCACCUUUUAUUGAUCCAGAUUCAGACUCCUUAGAAGGUUAUUCAGAAAAGUGUGUAAUGAACAACUACUUUGGUAUCGGUUUAGAUGCCAAAAUUUCCCUAGAAUUUAACAACAAACGCGAGGAACACCCUGAAAAGUGCAGAAGCCGUACAAAAAACAUGAUGUGGUAUGGCGUUCUUGGAACCAAAGAGUUGCUGCAAAGAACUUAUAAGAAUUUAGAGCAAAAGGUUCAGCUGGAGUGUGAUGGCCAGUACAUCCCCCUUCCAAGUCUCCAGGGCAUUGCGGUGUUAAACAUCCCUAGCUACGCUGGCGGCACCAAUUUCUGGGGUGGAACUAAAGAGGAUGAUAUAUUUGGUGCGCCUUCUUUUGAUGAUAAAAUCCUGGAGGUGGUGGCAGUAUUUGGGAGCAUGCAGAUGGCAGUUUCCAGGGUGAUCAAGCUUCAGCAUCAUAGAAUAGCUCAGUGUCGAUCUGUGAAGAUCACAAUCCUCGGAGAAGAGGGGGUUCCUGUACAAGUUGAUGGGGAAGCUUGGAUCCAGCCUCCUGGGGUGAUAAAAAUUGUUCACAAAAACAGGGCUCAGAUGUUAACCAGAGACAGAGCUUUCGAAAAUACCCUAAAGUCCUGGGAGGAUAAGCAGAAGUAUGACUCCUGCAAGCUGGCCCUCCGCCCCCACCUGUACUCCCCACAAGCGGUGGACUUGGCUUCAGAAGAAGAGGUUGCACUGAUUACCCUCUGCUCACAGGCGGCGGAGGAACUCAUUUCAAGAAUAUGUGAAGCUGCGAAAACACAUGGUUUGCUGGAGCAGGAGUUGGCACAUGCAGUGAACGCCUGCUCACAUGCACUAAAUAAAGCCAAUCCCAGGUUUCCUGAGAAUCUCACCAGGAACACUGCCAUAGAGGUAGCGGUGAAUGUGAAGGCCCUGCACAACGAGACAGAAUCUCUCUUGGUUGGGAGAGUACCACUGCAGCUGGAAGUUCAUCAUGAAGAGCUUUUGUCCAAUGCACUGCAUGACGUGGAAGUAGAGUUAACUAAGCUAGCGGAGAUCCCCUGGCUAUACUAUGUCUUACAGCCAGAUGAGGAAGAGGAUCCUCCCCUGGAAUAUACAAAAAGGAACAGUAGAAGCACAGUAUUUCGUAUAGUGCCAAAGUUUAAAAAGGAGAAGGCUCAGAAGCAUAAGUCCAGCCCUCAGCCUGUUCAAAAAUGGGGCACAGAUGAAGUUGCAGCUUGGCUGGAUCUGCUCAGUUUGGGAGAGUACAAAGAAAUCUUCAUCCGUCAUGACAUCCGAGGUUCAGAGCUAGUGCAUCUGGAAAGGCGGGAUCUUAAGGAUCUGGGGAUAAUGAAAGUGGGUCAUAUGAAGCGAAUUCUACAGGGAAUUAAGGAGCUCUGCAAAAAUACAUCUUUUUCAGAGGUGUGAAGUGGAUGCUGGAGUCCCUGCAUGGAGCGAGGCUUGGACAGUGGCUCAAGUGGUUUCCAGGCACUGUGUGCUUUUAGUCUUUAGUAAGAGGUUGUAUACAGCUGGAGGGGGAACAUCUGAGUUAUCGCAAACUUGGCUUUAAGCUAGCAGUCUGUGCCAAAAUUAGCAAAAAAAAAAAGAAUUUUGGUAUAAAGUUUGCAUCUGCACUUGAAACGUGUGGCUUAUCUGAUUCUAAGAGACUUUUGGUUAGACGCCACCUCGGGUUGUAUUGGCACAUUUGUAACGCUGCCAUCUGCAUUGUCUGACAACAUAUCAUUUUAUGGCAAAAAGUCAAUGUGCUACCUUGUAUGAGGCCCAGACUUCCAAAUAACAGGGAAGGCCAACAUGCAACUGGGCUAGGCCUAUAUGGGUAGUCUUGGUUAACGCUGCCUCAGGUACCGCUCAUUCACUGGCCAAGGAGUUUGAUUAGAAAAACACUUUGUGUAAAGUGGAUGCAAUCUAAAUGCAUGGAGUGCCUGUUAAAAUUGUAUUUCAGUUGCAUGACAUAUCUGAUACAAAAGCGUAAAAAAAAACAAAAAAAAAACUUGAACAACUUUUUAUAUUAAUUUUAAUAUGGAUUAAUUUAUUACUACUGAUGUGUCUGUUGGUUCAAGGCACUUUUCUAUUAGUUGUAUAUUUUUGCAUGACUGUUCAGUGGCCGGGGAAUUGUGGAUGUGAACAUGUAGCCUAUGUGCCAUGUAUCCUAAAAAAAAAAAAAUUAUGUGCAUUCUGUAUGUUCUGCUUAUUUAUUCUAGUUAGUCAAUAUUGUUUAGUAAUGAAGACUGAUAAAAUUUUGGUUAUUACAAAUUUUUAUUCUGCAAAGAUGGUUACCUCACAAAAUAUUUUCUCUUGGAAAUCCAUGGGGACCAUUUCCAAUGCCUUAUAUCAUAUUCGAUUUGGAGAUGAGAUAUCAUUAAGUUAUCAUUAAGCAGCAUUCCUAGGGUCAGAAUCCUCAAUGUAGCAAUAGAAUAUAAUGAUGGUGGUCUUCCCACGAGCCUUAUGGUAGCAUAUACAGAACAUACUGUAUGUCCACAGAAAAGGCCAGGGUGCCUACUCACUCGCUGCUUGCAUCACGUUUCUGUAUCACCAACUUUCUAUAACUUUGUAUGGAUAAAGAAUAUUUCAUGUGUUCCUUGGGUAAUUUGUUACAUUCCAAAUCUCAUAUCUCCCAUGUAAUCCUAGCCAGUUGUUUCAUUCUACAAUGUAGCGGAACAGUUCUUGUGGGAUAUACCCCAUGCAGAUCAUACCACCUGGUCAUCCUGGGGAACCAACUAUGCAGAUACUAACCUGGAACCUGCCAAUAUGUAUGCUUGGCAGAACUUUGGAUGAUUGUCUUUAAAUAUUCCAUGUCCCUAUCUAUAUUUAAAAAAAAUAAUCCUAAAAUCCAUAUAGAGGUGUUAUCAGUCAUUGUAAUCCUGCCUGUGGUGAUAAUGAUAAUAGGUACUGAAAUGUUACCUGUACAGAACAGGAAAUCAUGACCUGUAGACAGAGUGGCCGAGGUGAAAAAUGCAAAAUGUUUUAUUUUAUUUUUUUGUUUUCUUUUAAAUAUACAUAGUGACAUGGAAAAUUAAAACAAAAACCUCACAAAAAAUUCUAAAACAGUAUGUUUAACAUAAAAACGUGAUUUAAACAAUAGGUUAUUUCUGACAAAACAUUCCCUUAAAAGUCUAGGAAAGUCCUUAUUAUGUAGUCUUAAAAAAAGUGUACCUGCCUCCUAAAUUUCUCCAGCCUUUUUCUGUCUCGGGUUUUUCCAGUUAACAGAUCACAGAUAUUUAUAAAAGCUUUCAAAUUUACAUAGUUUUAGCUCGCCACAAAAAAUGAUCACAUAACACAAUUUUUCAGCUCUCCUGACUUGUCAAUUUGCUUGAAUUCUCUAUUCUCUAUAAAAUAACAAUUCUAGAGCAUCUGUUCUUAAAACUGUAUAGUGUGCCAUAUACAUUUAUAAAUGGCUGAUAACAUGCUUGACCCAGUUGUUAGUUUAUUCUAGGAGGGAUAACAGAGGAGCAGCACAUUGUAAAGAUACAAUAACGAUGCACCAUAAUUGUUAUUUUACAGGAACUACAGGUCUUUACUAGUGUUGAGCGAACUUGUGUUUUAAGUUCUGCGUCCAAAGUUCGGGUUCGGGUUAUCGAAGAAUCCCGUUAUGCAUUCCGCUACCACGGCCCAUAACGGAAUUUGGAAUCCAUAACUGGAUUCUUCGAUAACCCGAACUUUGGACGCAGAACUUAAAACACAAGUUGGCUCAACACUAGUCUUUACUGUAAUCAACACGUCAGGAAAACUGAUGGAGCCCCGUUAACAGCUGUAAAGAGAAUAGCUGGGUGUGUGGUCUUCUAGUGACCACAACGUUAGACUGAGGUUAUAUGGUCAUGCGGUGGGCACCAUCUUGUACUGUCGCUUCUGUAAGAGAGUGAAAUAGAAAAUUGCCGAAGCACCUUUCUAGCUGUGUACUAUUUUAAUUGGGCUAAAUGGCAGCAUUUGCUAUUUUGUAACUGGCAUGACAAGCACAUUUUGUACCUGGAUUUCAUGCUUUUGUAGGUUACUUACCAUAGGGCUUUAGUGAUAAGUUUUAAACCCUGUGUAUUUUCCUACCUGCUUUCAUAGGAAAAGUUAUGCCCACAACUUUCUCACUUAUGUGGGCAAAAGUGCACUUUAAGUGGUCGCUGUAACACUGCCAAUGGAGGCUUGAGAGGCCGGGCAUCAACGUGGGUACACCUUAGUACAGUAUUUUCUAGCCAGAGAGGAUAUUAACACAAUGGUGGAUCCAAAGCUUUGUUUUCUGGAAAGGUCACCAUCACAUAGAUAAUGUGGACGGUUUAAUAUAAAGAGGACGAAAACCUUCACCCGCUCUAACAGUCACCUCCUCCUCCCCAUGUUCAACAAACCGCUUACAGGUUGCCAUGCAGAUUUUAGACGUUUUGUCCCCUCCAUGAUGGAUGAUUUUGUGUAUGAGAACAUCCCUGUUUUCUGGAAAAGCAGGACAAUCUUUGAUGUGCAAUAUUUCUACUUAAACAAAGCGCAUGUGAUGUUUGUUGUGGGGUAACUUAUCACACAAAGCCUAUAAUAAAGGGGGUUACCAUGCACUACUUUAAUACUGUAUCUGAAAUCUAAAUGUCUCACUGUUAUGCAGUUGAUCUGCAUAUUUGUAUAUUAUGUUUCAGCACUGUAUCGACAUAUAUAAAGUUUUAUGAAACGGUGUAAGUAAUAUUGGCUUUUUUUUUUUUUUUUUUUGUACUUGGAUGUUAAUUUUCAGUGUUACGAGAUGUGAGCAUUUUUGCUUUUAUCCAUUUUACUAUAAAUUAAUAUUGCCUCACUAAAUAUGAAUUUGCUGGUAUUUAUUCUGAACAGUUACUGUGACCAUGUCAUGUAGUUGUUUCAUUGGAUUUUUCUUCCUGCAGGCGGCGGUUAUAGAGUGCUCAGUGGAGCAUGAUGUAUUAGGCUACUGUCACACUAGCAUUUUCAAUUCCGCCAUUGAGAUCCGUCGUAGGAUCUCAAUAGCGGAAGAAAACGCCUCAGUUUUGUCCCUAUUCAUUGUCAAUGGGGACAGAACUGAACAAAACGGAAUGCUCCAAAAUGCAUUCCGUUUGGUUGUGCCCCUAUUGGGGACA